GUGUAGAACAAGAAAGGAAUUGAACUAACCUCUCAAUUAUUCAAGUUAUGAACAAGUUACAUUCAUAACUUGAUAAUAUAAACAAAAAUAUAUAUAAAUAAUUAAUUAAAAAUGUCAGUUUUAAUACGUUUAGCAGAGAGAAAUUAUUUCUCAGUAUUAACAAAAUUACAAGGUGUUGCUUAUAUGUCAAAAGCAUCACCAGCAUGGAUUGAAGGAGAAGAAGUUGGCGAAUUUCGUGUAAUUAGAUUUAAACCAAAACGUGAUGAAGUACAAAAAAAAAAAAUUGAACGUAAAAAUGUACCACCACCAAGAGCAAAUCAAAUGCCAACAGAUCAAGAUUGGCCAUCAGUAUGGCCAGGUCAAAGAUCAUUUCAUCCAGCAGUUGUACCAUUACCAGUACGUCAAGGUUAUCCAAAACGUAAUCAAGCACCACCAGGAAAAUUUGCAAAUACUGAACUUAUGAAAAUACCAAAUUUUUUACAUUUAACACCACCAGCAAUAAAACGUCAUUGUGAUGCACUUAAACAAUUUUGUACUGAAUGGCCAAUUGGUAUUGAAAAUGAUGAAAAAUGUGAAAAAUAUUUUCCACUUGAAAUAAUAACAUCUGAUUAUUGUUGGUCAUCACCAUCAAUACGUGAACCAUUAUCAAGAAUUGUCAGUUUAAAAAUUAAAUUAUCAUCAUUAAAUUUAAAUACACAUGCUAAGGAUAAAUUAUUGAGACUUUUAGGAUCAAGAUAUGAUGAAAAAAAUGAUAUUAUAACAAUUGUUGCUGAUAGAUGUCCAACAAAAAAACAAAAUUUAGAUUAUGCUUAUUAUUUAUUAACAGCUGUUUAUCAUGAAGCUUGGCGUGUUGAACCUUGGGAAGCUGAAAAAGCUCUUGCUGAUAUGGAAUAUUAUGAUUGGGAUAAAAAUAAAAGUCGUGAAAGACUUGUUACAAUUCAUUCAUGGCCAGAACCACCAUCAAAUGAUCUUGAUUAUGAAAAAAUACCACAUGUUACAGAAUAUAAAAUUGCUGUUAGUGAUUUAAUUAAUAAUGGUGAAGAUCAAUUUUCAAUUAAUAAAUACAGGCAAUCAGUUAAAAAUUUGUUACAUUUAAAAAAAAUUGAAAAUUAAAAUUAACAUAUUAGU